AUCUUUAUCAUCUUGGAUCAACUUGUUUAAUGUUUUUUUUUUGGACCGCAAAAUGGCUAUGGCAGCCUAAUCAUGAUGAUCUUGCAACUUGUUAACAAAUUCAUUCAGACCUUUUCUCAUCAAAACCACUAAUCCCUGAAGAUCCAUGAUAUCAUUGCCUUCAUAUUCGGACAUUUCGAAGUUUCCAAUGGUCAGUGCAAAAACAGCUUCAACACGACUAGGAUGCAAUACAUCUGCCCUUUUGGCUAUUGUUUUGAGGUGAGCAAUUCUAGGAGCAUCAAACACAAAUCUUUUUGUAACACUAUCCUCCAUCUGUGGCUUUACAGUAGGCAGCACUUCAUCAAGUGGUGGAAUAAGUGUUGCACCUGCAGAAAAAUCAGGGAUGAAACGAGGAUAAGAAGAAUGAUCCUUCAUAGCAGUAGCAUUGUUACAACUUGUAAUCAAUGUGUUACAGGUGCUAGCACCAGCUAUCUUACGUGAAACAGAUAAAGAAAUUGCAAGUCCUUCACAGAUGGUCGGAAAUUAUUAGUGUCUUUUGGCAAAGAAAUUGAGGUCUUUUUCGGGCAUUCACCCCAACUCUGAAACCUUGCGCCCACCAGAAGAACGAAACGAGGGAAGGGAGUGGGAAUUUUACAACUCAGAAAGGAAAGAAGGGAAGACGAAAAGAUGGGUCUGAAAAUCGAAAGAAGAGUGGAGAGAGUGAAUGGAAAAGACUUGAGUUACACCCAAUUCGUACAACAAUACCUAGUUCAGAAUCAACCCGUUAUUCUCACUGGAUUGAUGGAAGAUUGGAGGGCCUGUAAAGAUUGGAUUCUUGAAGAUGGAAAACCCAAUCUCCAGUUUUUCUCUACUCAGUUUGGGAAUUCCAAAGUCCAGGUUGCAGAUUGUGGGGCUCGAGAAUGUAUGGAGCAAAAGAGAUUGGAAAUGUCUGUUUCAGAGUUUAUCGAGAAAUGGGUUCAGCUUAGUUCUUCCAGAGAGAGUAUUUGUAAUGAGGUUUCUGAUGACAAGUCUUUACUGUACUUGAAAGAUUGGCAUUUUGUUAAGGAGUACCCGGAAUAUUGUGCAUAUAGAACUCCAUUGUUCUUCUGUGAUGAUUGGCUGAACAUGUAUCUUGACAAAUAUGAUAUGCAUACUGAUCCUGAUAGUUACCAGAAGAAAAAUGAAAUAAGUUGCUCUGAUUAUCGUUUUGUGUACAUGGGACCAAAAGGUACUUGGACCCCUCUUCAUGCGGAUGUUUUCAGGUCAUAUAGUUGGUCGGCCAACGUUUGUGGCAAGAAGCAAUGGUUUUUUCUCUCACCAAGUCAACAUCAUCUUGUAUUUGACAGGUACAUGACAAAUGCUGUUUAUGAUAUCUUUGAGGAUGUUAGUGAAACAAAGUUCCCCGGUUUUAAAGAGGCUAUCUGGUGGGAGUGCACUCAGGAACAGAAUGAGAUAAUCUUUGUCCCUAGUGGAUGGUACCAUCAAGUUCAUAACCAGGAAGAUACAAUAUCAAUCAAUCACAACUGGUUCAAUGCCUAUAACCUCUCUUGGGUGUGGGAUAUACUUUUGACAGACUAUAAGCAAGCAAGGGAUUUACUAGAAGACAUUAAGGAAAUUUGCGAUGAUUUUGAGGGGCUUUGUCAGAGGAAUCUUGCAGCUAAUACAGGCAUGAAUUUUCGUGAUUUCUUGGUCUUUAUGAUGCGUUUUGCUUUUGCCAACUUGUUCCAGUUUCACCAUCUUGGAAGAUCCGGCAAAAAUCCCCUCUUCUGGUCAUCUCAAAUAGCUCAACAUAUAGUUUUCAAUCUUCAAUCUAUACAAAGUAUAGCUCUAAAGAUGAAAUCUGUUGGAGUAUGUACACAUCAUGCCUUCUCAUUGAAGCCCAGUAAAAUUUUGGAAGAUCAUUCCUUUAUGGAACUGUUCACUACUCUAAAAAAAAAUUAUGGUAUGAUGCAUGGCCCAUUUGAAAUUGUUUACGAAGAAAAGAUGGGUUUAUGCAGUGAUAUGGAUGCAAUCUUCUGUGAUUUCACCAAUCCUAGUAUUGGAAGUUCUGAAGAUCUUGUUCAGUUGAUAGACUUUGCUUUUGAAAAACUUGGUUUUGUUGCCAGUAAAAGUCUACCCUCCCAGGAAACUAGAUAUAACCCGGAGGAGCAACUCAUGUGCAGGGAUUGAAUUAAAGUUAUUCAUUAUGUUUAAAUGUUGCUCAUUCUUUUGUAGAAGUUCGAGAUUUUCAUAUUUUUUGUGGAUGUUUUGUCUCUGCCUAUA